GCAAACGUCUGGUUGCUUUAAAUUCAGUAAGAAGAAAGAAGAGUGGAUAUUCAUCCCUUUGUUCAGUGCCUACUCAAUCAUCCAACCACCACUGCUGCAACAACAAUGGGUAUCAAUAAGAGUAAGGAAUUUUCUUUGCCUUGUCUCUUGAUGAUGUGAGGAUGCAUGUCUGCAAAAAGAACUGAACUGUUCAUAUCAGGAUAUGUGUUAGUGCUUAGUUCCAAUGAGGAUUGUAUUCUUGCAGAGGCUGUUGCUGCUGCUGUCGGUGUCACAGCUGGAGCAGCUGGAACCAUCGCCCUGGCGAUUGUAGCCCUGCCAGCCGUGGGUUUCACUGCGACUGGCAUUGCUGCAGGCUCUUUUGCUGCUAGCAUGAUGUCAUCUGCCGCUGUCGCUAACGGAGGUGCAGUUGCAGCUGGGAGCUUAGUGGCAGUGCUCCAGUCUGCAGGAGUGAUUGGUCUGUCUGGAGGGGCAGUGGCUGCCGUGGGAACUGUAGGGGGCACUGUGGGUGGAGCCGUGGCAGGAGCAGGUGCAUGGAUGCACGAAGUGUUUGGCAAGACCAAUAAGAAGACUUCCAAAGGUGACACUGGAGAUGACCCUAAAGACGGCACUAAGAAGUACCCCAAAAAUCAUACCAAAGACACUACUGAUGAUGAGUCUGAGGAGGAGCUGAUGGAAGGAUUAAGCUUUGAGAAAGAAACAGGAACUGUAAUGUACUGGAAAAAGCAUUAGUGACAUCCAGUCAGUGGCCAUAAUUCAUCUCAUAUGUGUUUUUUCCCCAGUAAAUACAAAUAAAUAUGUGAGCUGUCUAAGUGCUUGUGAGUGGGAUUGAUGGAA